GGCGGGCGGUGGGCGAGGGUGUGUGGGGUGCAGUUUCUCGCCCUCCGCUCCUGCCGGACAUUUUCUGUCCUCCCCCGCACCAUUUUUUUGUCCUUUUUCCCCCGGGAUUUGGCGCUGAUCCGUCUGCCUCGUUUUUUAGGAAAUCGGAGGCUUCAAGGCAGCACAGGUGGCCCAGCCACACGGCACGCCAGCAUCGCGGCUGUUGGUACUCUGUAGGACGAAGGAAGUCAGAAAGGUUUCUUCUGGCAGGGAUCCCACCGGUCGCCCUCACCUGCAGCUCCCCCCGGGUGCUUCCCCUUAGUCCCGGAUCCAGGCCAAGCAGCAGCCCAGAGGAACAGAGGAGCCUGGCAGAGGUGCCCGCAGCCUUGGGCAGUGCACUCAUGGUCCCCAGGAGUGGGCUUCAGCAUGCAGCUGUCACCUCCUACGCAUACAAACUCCAGUGCCUCAGGAUCCAGGUGAAGCAGAUCUGCAGGGAGAGGGACAAAGCAAGGCUGGAUCUGGAGAAAGCGGAGAGACGCUGCCUGCAGCUUGGCAGGGAGUUGAACGAGCAGUACGUCGCCCUCGAGCACAGCCAGAGCAAGCUCAAGGAUGUUCAAACUGAAAUGGAGGCAAAGGAGCUGCUUUUGCAGCAAGCAGUCAACCAUCGAGCAAAGCUGGAGGCUGAUACACAGUUCCUCCGGGGCGAAGAGGCCAGCCUGCAUGGACGACUGAACCUCAUGAUGAGGGAGAACACACAGCUGCAAAACAAGGUCACGGAGAUGACUGAGAAACUGGUGGCCUCUGAGAAGCUGGUGCUGGAGCUGCAGAAAGAGCUCAACCUUGUUGUGAAGGACAAGCUGGAGCUGGUGGAGCCCCACAGCCCAGAGCUCCUGACCCAAAGCGAGCGCUUUGCGGAGAUUGUGCUGGAAUACGAGCGGCAGUGCCAGAGAGUCAAGGUGCUGUGGGACCAGAACGGCGUGCUGCGGAGGGAGCUGGAAGCACUGCGUCUUCAGCUGCAGCAGGAGAGCAGGGCCGAGCGAGGGCUGCCAGCUGCAGUGUGCCUCUCUCCCCGCCCACUGGUUCCCAAUUCUGCGUGCACAGAGACGUCACUCACAGUGGAGCAGCUUCGAGAGCAGCUGCAGGACCUGAAAGUGCAGCUGCAAACCAAGGUAAGCUAUUACGAGAAGGAAAUUGAGUUAAUGAGGAAGAACUUUGAAAGAGAGAAGAAGGACAGCAAAAAAAGCUUCAAGGCUGAGAUGAGCAAGGUGGAAGGCCAGAAAAGAGACCUGGAAGAAACGGUUGCAAAGUACGAGGCUGUAAUUGAUGGACUGAAAGCGCAAAAAUGUGUGCAGAGCCUGGAGCUGGAGGAGGAGCUUGAGAUGGAGCAGGCCGGGGGAGGAACACAGCUCCCUGAAGAUGUACGCUGUCCAAGGCAGCAGCUGCACCGGGAAGGAGAAGAGCUGAGGACGCAGUGCAGGGACAGAGAGGGCCUGAGGGGAGACCUGUGCUGGCUGCUGGAGGAGAACAGCUUGCUGAAAAGUCAACUUGGGAGACUCCAGCAAGAGCUGAGGGAGGCAAAGGAGAAGGGCAGCAGACGUGAUGAGAGACAUGUGAGUGAGUUGGGCAGAGAGGAGGUACAAGAGCUGGCUGAAAUACCACAAUUGAUGGAGUCGAGUGAGAAGAACAAAAGAGAGGUCUCCCAGCUGAACACCAAGCUGUGUCAGCUGAGCCGUGAGCUCCCUGAGCAUGAGGCCAGCCACGGCGCCGGCCCUGCCACCACCCAGCUGCAGAGCCAGAGGCUGGUGGAAGCUGAGCAGCUGCAAGGAGCGGAGAUGGCCGCAAGGCCAGAGCACCACCGGCAGCAUGCAACGUGUUGGAUGGAGAUGGAACUGCUUUGGCAGCAGCUCAAGGCCUCGCAGGAGAAGCUCUUAGAAGCCAAAGCAAGCCUGAGCCUGGCCCAGACUCGGCAUGCGCUGCAGCUGCAGCAGGCCAAGGCCCAGAUGAACAACAUGGUGCCAAAGAAACAGUUUGAGCAGCUGCAAACCAGCUUGAGGGAGGAACAGUGCAGGGCUCAGCGGCUCCAGGAAAACCUCCAUCGGCAGGCUGAGCAGGCACACAGGCAGCUGGUCAGGACGCAGGAGGAACACGAGCGUCUGCUGCAGGUGGCCAUGGAGCAGGCGGAGGGGCUGGAGCGUGAGCUGAGGAGCGCUGAAGCCGUGCUGGCAGACAGGGCAGCUCACCUCAAGGAUGCACAGGCCCAGCUCUCCAGGAACAAACUGCUGAUGGAAGACCUCCGUAAGGAGAACAGGGGGUUUGCAGUGGCCCUGCAGGUGGCAGAGCUGAAGCAGAAAAGCACCGAGGAGAAGAACCAGGUGUUGGAGGAGCAGGCAUCGGCCCUGAAGCAGCUCAUUGGAAAAAUCACACCGGCAUCUUUGAGUGUGUAAUGGGGCGCCUGCUGUGGCAGCCGUGCUGCUGAACCUGGCCGGGACUUGUCAGUUCCUCUUGGGCUCUACGAGACGGAGCCUGAAGCUUCCGAAAGCCUGAGCCUAGGGUCCAAACCAACAUCGCCUCUGUGGUGAGCAGGCCAGAGGGGCUUCUCUUUUGAUUUGAGCCUCCAAGGCUGGGGGUGGUGCUUGUGUCCCCGGUGCAGCACUGUACUUCAGCAAGCCAUCCUUACUGCGCUUCCUCAAAAAGGAGACCAGGAGGCAGGGACCGUGGUUCCAUCUUCAAUCUCAAAUUCUCCAUAGUCCCUUAAGCACCGCACCUGCAAAGCAGAAGGGCAGCAGUCUCUGGAUCAACAGACCUCCCCUAGAAAAUAUCAGACAGUACUGCUGACUUAAAACACGUGCUCCAGAAGUCCAAGUAUGGACACAUUCCUACCCAUCUGCUGGAGCCUCAUAUAGAGCCAACCUGGAAAUGCAGAACCAGACUGAUCCUGCAGCCUGGGGGCUCUACCCGAUGUUCUCUUCCUGCCUUUGCCCGGAGCAAGAAGCACCAGUGAGCAGACCCAGCCCUCCAGAGACUAGAGGAAGACCAGCCCUGCAGAACAGCAGCAGCAUUUCCAGGAGACCCUCCCCACACACAGCAGGAAACGCCAGUCUGUUAACACUGAAACGGUCUUAAAGAGCAGGCUGAUUGCCACCACGCGUUCUUUCUAAGAGAGUAAAGGAACAGAGCGCUUCAGCUACUGACUGGUACAAUUUUUCACAUGCUCUUGGAUGGUUGCAUCAGCUGUGUAAAAUUAUUUAUAGUCUCAUCUAUCAAAGUCCAUUUAAAAUAACAAUAAACCUCACCUAAUUAACAACC